UAAUUUAAAUAUUAGUAAAAGGUAAAGAAAGCCAAGGAUAAAGUACAUAUCCUUGCCAACAACAAACACAUAGAAUGCAAAUAAGAUACAGGUAGAGGAUCCACAAAAUCUAUACUUUUGUAACUUUAGGCCACUAUAUAUUCAUCUUCCAACACAACCACAAUUGCACAUUAUCCAACUCUAUCCACUCCUCCCACAACAAUAGUACUCCCUCUUUUCUUUAGCAAAAUCCAAAAAAUAAACAUGUUUCCUUCAACCUCCUUUUCUUCUAUUCCCCAAGAAAUCAUUACUAACCUUCAUUAUUCUAGAAGAUUACUACUUCACUCCCCCUUUCACCCUUCACCACCUACUAUAGAAGCAUCAACACCAACCUACCAAGUCCUAGACCCGAAUUCGAGCCAUGGCAACCCCGGCUUUGAUGCUAACAUAGUCAUGAUCCUCGCGGUCUUGAUAAGCGCAUUAAUAUGUUCCUUCUGUAUAAACGCCUUCAUUAGGUUUGUGAUCAAGUGCUCAAGCAGGAUAACCGGCGAGCCUAAUUACUACCUAAACAUAAUUAGCCAUGAUCAAAAGAAGAAAAGUUGUAACGGUUUGGAUAAGAAGGCAUUAAAGACAUUUCCAGUGGUGAAAUACUCAAAGGAGGUAAAAAUUCAAGGGUUGGACACUGAGUGUGUGAUAUGUUUAUCGGAGUUUAAGGGUGGUGAAAAAGUUAGGAUAUUACCAAAAUGCCAUCAUGGUUUCCAUGUUAAUUGCAUUGAUAAGUGGCUUAGUUCUAACUCCUCUUGCCCUACUUGUAGGCAAUCUUUAGUUGAAACUUGUCAAAAGAUUAUUGGUUGUGGUGAUGAUCAUCAAACUACCUCAUCAUCAUCAUUGUCGUCGUCUUCGACGUCAUCAACAACAUCAUCAUCAUCUAGGGAGAUGAUAGUCGUGAGUAUCGUGCCACUUGAAAGGGAAGAUUUGGUGCGAAAUUACAGGAGUGAAGUUGCUCAAAGUUAACCAAAUUCUAGAACGGAGUAGUAGUUUUGUAGGUUUUUCAUCAAUUUUCAGAGUGAAUUUUUUGGGAAAUUUUCAAUUUCAUGUUUACUCUGUAUUGUUGUACAAAUGAUAGAUAUUAGUCUUUGAUUGUUCAUCUUGCAAGUGUAUAAACGUAACUGAGGAGCAAUUAAUCAACAAAUUCCUUGUUUAGCCAUUUGUUUUGUCCUCAAUAAUUGUUUAAAUUAUUGGACUCA